CUCCCUCUCGUCCCCCUUCUCCGCUCUUCUUUACGGGAGAGGUGCUUUUCGUUAUUUAGAGGGGUUUUGGACGUGUAAUAUAAUACGACUCAGACGGCGUCUCUCUGUCUCCCUCUACAAACCGAGAACGCCUGCCUUUCUUUUCUCUCACUGAGCCAUGAAGGCGAUUCUCUUGAGAAGUGUAUCCGCACCCACACUACCUUCUCUAUCUCCAUUCCCCGACCAAGAUCCCCGUGCCGGAUUACUUUCUCCGGCUAAGUUUCCUGCGGUUUCUCCUCACGCUGCCCUACAUUUCGAGAUAAAAGAGAGAGACGCUGGCUCUCUCAAGUUCAGGCGAGCUCGGUCGGAAACCGACCUUUUCAGGUCGGGAAAUCGACAUUCCAGCCAUAAUUUACGGAGCAUUCGGUCCGUGUCUUUUCCAGCAAGAAUAGCAGAGGAACAUGGGGGUCUCCAGGAGGAUAUGGAGAAAAACGGUUCCGUUAAUGGUGAGGUUGAUGAAGGAGGGGGGAAAUUAGUGGGUUUUGGAUUUGCAGAUGGUUUUGAUGCCGGUGAAAUGGCCGGGCAAUCGGGGCUUUUGCCAGAGAAUGGAUAUUCAGGUGGGGAUAUUGGGAAAGGGAUAAAGAUUGGUGGGGGAAAUGGCGGUGGAAGAGGAGAUAUCAAGUCAUUUACAGGAGGUGGAGCUGAUCAGAAUAGAAUGGGUGUGUAUUAUAAGGAGAUGUUGAAGGCUAACCCUAACAAUCCUCUGCUUCUGAUGAACUAUGGCAGAUACUUGCACGAGGUGGAGAAGAAUACAGCGAAAGCAGAAGAAUAUUAUGGUAGGGCGAUAUUAGCAAAUCCAGGAGAUGGAGAAGUUCUUUCCCUUUAUGCCAAGUUAAUAUGGGAGACUCAGAGAGAUGAGACGAGAGCACAGACUUACUUCGAUCAAGCCAUUAGAACUGCACCUGAUGACUGUUAUGUGCUUGGUUCAUAUGCUCACUUCUUGUGGAAUGCUGGGGAGGAAGAAGAAGAAGAUAACGAGGAAGCGGCUCGGCCCCGGCCUCAGUUACAGCCUUCUAAGAAACUCAUAUAACCACUGAUAUGAAGGCGUUUGGCGCUCUUAACUACAACUGCUCAUGGCGAUCAUCUCUCUCUUUCCAAUGUAGAAUACUAACGUGGCCUGAGGGACAGUAGUUGAGCGCAGAAGUUGCAUGGGUUUAAGUUUAAGUUAGUAGUGAGGAUACUAAUUACUGUUUAUGACUACUGAUGAGGAAGAUGAUGUUAAUAUUUAACCAGUCUUAUAAUAAGUGACCUGCAAAGGUGUUUCUCAUGUACGGCUUCUAAGCAAUGGCUAUUAUUUCUC